UUUAAAAUUUUUACCUUCAUCCCUGGAUGGUGUGUUUACGAUAUAAAGUUUCAGAACCAAUAAAAACACCGGCAUUGAUUUAACUAUUUGUGGACAAUUUUAGAUGAUUUUCUGUUAAAAGCUCAUCAAUUCCGAAUUUCGUAGUACGAAACAAUGGUCAAAAUCGGUCUUCAAAUAAAGGCAACCCUCGAAAACAUCGAGGAGCUUCGAACGUGCCAUCCGAACUACCCGUUCUUCGUCAAGAUCAAGUGCACCAACUGCAACGAGGCAUCCGACAAAUGGCACGAUAUCACCGAAGCUGAACGAGUCAAUGAGGACUCCCGGAAUCCUAAAGGGUUCAACUUCUACAUGAAGUGCAAGAUGUGUUCCCGUGAAAACAGCAUCGACAUUCUGGAAGGGAGCAACGUGACCUACACGGCGGAAGAUUCCGGUAAACUGAAAACCAUCGUUGCUUUUGACUGUCGCGGAGUGGAACCGACCGAAUUUAGUCCACGUUCUGGAUGGAUCGCCAAAGCCACCGACAAUGGGCCCAAAUUUGAAGACAUCGACCUGUCGGAGGACGAUUGGGUGGAAUACGAUCAGAAGAACAACAAUUCGAUUGGCGUUUACGAAUUUGAAUCAAAUUUCAUUAAGAUGAAGAAAUAAAAAAAGUUAUUGCAAAUUGCAACGUAUAAUUUA